GUUUAUUGAGAAUUAUGGAACUCAUAUAAUAGUGGGAUUGAGUGUGGGAGGGCAGGAUGUGGUUUAUGUGAGGCAGGAUCAGUCUUCUGAUUUGUCUUCUUCUGAGCUGAAGCAGAAUUUGGGCCAGCUUGGAGAUCAGCUCUUCACAGGCACCUGUGCUCUCCCUCCUCUUCACUACAGGUCCAAGGACUACAACAAGCCCAAGAUUUCGGAGGCUUUCAAUGUAUUUGACCUGCAGCCACUGAUGAUGGAUGGCUUCACCAAUGUUUCAUGCAAAAAUGGCUUAACAGUUGUCUGCUCGAGAAGAGGAGGAGAUACUUCAGCAAGCAGCCACUAUGAAUGGCUUCUCACCGUGCCUUCCAUGCCGGACAUCAUCAACUUCACUUUUGUGCCCAUAACCUCACUCAUGAAGGGCGUGGCUGGCGCUGGCUUCUUGGCCCAUGCCAUCAAUUUAUACCUCCGAUAUAAACCUCCAUUAUCCGAGCUUCAACACUUCCUAGAGUUUCAAUCCCACAGAUCCUGGGCUCCGCUCCUCAACGACCACCCACUCGGCCCCAGCUCCAACCGCUCCAAAUCCUCCUCCUCCCUUCAACUAGCUCUGAUUGGCCCCAAGCUCCGCAUCAACACCACCCCUGUCAUCAUCUCCCACUCCCAACCAGUCACCGGAAUGCGUCUCCACCUUGAAGGCAAGCACACAAACUGCCUUGCCAUCCAUCUCCAGCACCUCUCCACCACUCCCACCCUCUUCACCUCCCCCUCCACCACCACCCUCCGUUGGCAAGAUUCAGCCACCGCCGCCGCGGGUAAUGACAACUACUACGAGCCUUUAGACUGGCGG